AAAGGAUUGAAGGUUUUUUCGGUUUUCUCUCUAGAAAGGAGGAAAAAGGUGUUUAGAGAGAGAGAAAAGAGAGAGGGCUAACUGUCCAUGCUCCCCCUCGUCUUCGAAGGAUUGAAGGUUUUUUUGGGUUUCUGAGAAGAGGAAACCGCAUAAACUGAACUCAGUUAACAGGCCCGCAUCUCUCUCUCUCUCUCUCUCUCUCUCUCUCUCUCUCCCUGCUGGAAGACAUCAAACAAAAUUUACCAGUCACUUCCCGUUGAAUGAUAAGCCACAUACAAUCCAUUUUCCUCUGUUUCUCUUCUAUUCUUCCUUCCGUCAAUGGAAAGUUAGAAACUAGAUAAUCUAGUGUUACUCUCUCACACCAUGGACUCCAAUUCUCUGCGCUUCAUCACCCACCAGUCCUUCUUCUCUGCCGUGCGUUCCGGUGACCUCGACUCCCUCAAACAACUCUUGGAUAAGCUGACCGGAGCCGAGCACUCUGAUGGGUCCACCGUCUCCGAUCUAAUGUCUUUGCAGAACGACGCAGGCGAGACCGCCCUGUACGUCGCCGCAGAGAAUAAUCUUCAGGAGCUGUUCACAUACCUGCUCAGAUUCUCCGAUCUUCAGACUCUAAAGAUCAGGUCCAAGUCUGAUAUGGACGCCUUUCACGUCGCUGCUAAGCGGGGCCACUUGGGUAUUGUGAAGGAACUUUUGGGCAUUUGGCCUGAACUUUGUAACUCUUGCGACUCCACAAACACCAGCCCCCUUUAUUCAGCUGCUGUUCAGGACCAUUUGGAUGUAGUGAAUACCAUCAUGGCCGCUGAUUCUGGCUCAGUUAGGAUAGUAAGGAAAAAUGGGAAGACUGCAUUGCACACGGCUGCCAGGUAUGGCCUCCUUCGUAUUGUGAAAGCACUUAUAGAGCACGAUCCUGGAAUAAUCAGAAUCAAAGAUAAGAAGGGCCAAACAGCCCUCCAUAUGGCCGUAAAAGGUCAGUCUCCUUCAGUCGUUGAAGAGAUAUUGCUUGCAGAUUGCUCUAUACUGAAUGAACAUGACAAGAAGGGUAAUACAGCUGUGCAUAUAGCCACAAGGAAAGGCCGUUCACAGAUACUAGGCCUUUUGCUGAGCUUUACAUCUGUUGAUGUCAAUGCUAUUAACAAUCAGCACGAGACUGCAAUGGAUUUGGCAGAUAAACUGUCAUAUGGGGAAUCAGCAUUGGAAAUUAAGGAAUUCCUAGCUGAAGCCGGUGCCAAGCAUGCCAGGCAUGUUGGCCAAGUGGAUGAAGCAAUUGAACUCAAAAGGACUGUGAGUGAUAUAAAGCAUGAGGUGCACUCACAACUCAAAGAAAAUGAACAAACCAGGCGUCGAGUUUCUGGGAUUGCCAAAGAAUUAAAGAAACUUCACAGAGAAGCUGUUCAAAACACUACGAAUUCGAUCACAGUUGUUGCUGUUCUUUUUGCCUCAAUAGCAUUCUUGGCUAUAUUCAACUUGCCUGGCCAAUAUUUUAAGGAUGGACCGAAUGCAGGCAAGGCUAACAUCGCGGGCACUGCUGCUUUCAGAGUGUUCUGCCUUUUGAAUGCUACAUCUCUCUUCAUUUCUCUAGCCGUUGUUGUGGUUCAGAUCACUUUGGUGGCCUGGGACACUAGAGCUCAGAAGCAGGUUGUGUCGGUAGUUAACAAGCUAAUGUGGGCUGCCUGUGCCUGUACUUGUGGGGCUUUUCUGUCAAUAGCAUUUGUAGUUGUUGGAAAAGGAAGUUCAUGGAUGGCUAUUACUAUCACCCUUACGGGAGGACCGAUUCUUCUGGGGACUCUUGCUAGUAUGUGCUACUUUGUUUUCCGACAACGCUUUGGGUUCUUCCGCAGCGACUCCCAUAGACGCAUCAAAAGGGCAAGUGGGAGCAAGUCUUUCUCGUGGUCUCACUCUGCGAAUAUAUCAGAUCCUGAUGACUAUAACUCUGACAUGGAGAAAAUAUAUGCUCUGUAGACAGUCAUAAGAACACGAGUUAGCUCUGAUGAUGAAUGGCUAUCCCAAUGUGAGUAGUUGCUCUUGCAUGUUAGCUAUGUAUGUAGUUUGUAGUUUUGAAGGUUGUGCGAGGGAGAAAGUUGGUGCAUAAUGUAUAUUUACGAACAUUAAGUGUAUCAUGCAAGUUACAAUCUAUAUGGGAGGUUAUUUGUUUGCA